GCCAGAGUGCGCUGCGGGCUGCUUCCCCUUCCCCUCUCCUUAACCCUUGGCGGAGCGGAGGACGAGGAUCGUGCCGCAGCGCCAAGAAGCCAGGGCGCUGACUGCCCUGGACUCCCGAAACUUUGCGCGGAGCGUGGGCAGGACUAGACGGAGCCGAGCCUGCUGCCUGGCCGGGGAAAGGUGCCCGGGGAGCGACCCUGGUGCAUCCCGGGUCCCUGGCCCAGGCGCAAUCCAGGCAGGGGUGCAGCUGCAGAAGGGAGCUGUCCGUUCAGCACCACGGACCAUCCAACCCGGGCGGGAGGAGCCGGAGGCCGGGCAACAGGCGGGGAGCUGUCCCUUCAGCACCACGGACCUUUGCCCUCCCAGGAAACCAGGCGGCCCCCGCCCAGGACUCUGCCUUUUUCCCCAGUUUGGGCGGGGGUGUGGGGAGCAGGCGGAGAGCUUUCCUGGGAGGCUGGGGAAGCAGUGAACACUCUUCUCAGCGAUCGCCUCCCAGCAGUGCUAUUUUUUGCCAUCCGCCCUCACCCCCAGCACACGCGCUCGCACACACACGCACGCACACACACGCGCGCGCGCGCACACACACACACACAGACACAGGCACACACGCGCACACAGACCUCUCCGGAUUUCUUUUCCUUGAGUCUCCAGGGGGCUGUGAGGAGCCAGGCGCAUCUCAAAGCGAGCUGGAGGCUCCAGGCUCUGAAGCCAUGCCCUGCACGAACCCUUGUCCUUACCAAGCUGCUGAGGAAUGAAAGGAAGCCAGGGACCCUCCGAAGGCAGCAGUGAUGUGGACCAACCCCCUGGAGCCAGCACCCUCCCGAGGGCCAUAGACGACCCAGGGAACUGGAGAGAGCUCAAGACAGGAAACCCCAGCUUUCCUAAAGUCCCCGUGGAUGCUGACAAAAGGAGAUCUGAAUUGUGGGGAGAGCCUGUCCUAGGUUACACAGCUGCAGAGUGAUUUUUUCUCCUCCGGCACUGAAUCUCCCCCCCCCCCACCUCCAACCCCCAGACGUCCAGAGUACCAUGAAGAAUUAUGAGGAUGUGUGACAGAGGUAUCCAGAUGUUGAUCACCACCGUGGGAGCCUUCGCAGCUUUUAGUUUAAUGACCAUUGCAGUGGGCACGGACUACUGGUUAUAUUCCAGAGGCGUGUGCAGGACUAAAUCUACAAGUGAUAAUGAAACCAGCAGGAAGAAUGAAGAAGUAAUGACCCAUUCGGGGCUGUGGAGGACCUGCUGCUUAGAAGGGGCUUUCCGAGGAGUGUGCAAGAAAAUCGACCACUUCCCUGAAGAUGCAGACUACGAACAGGAUACAGCGGAGUACCUCCUACGGGCUGUGAGGGCCUCCAGCGUCUUCCCCAUCCUCAGCGUCACCCUGCUGUUCUUCGGGGGGCUCUGCGUGGCGGCCAGCGAGUUCCACCGCAGCCGGCACAAUGUCAUCCUGAGUGCUGGCAUCUUCUUUGUGUCUGCAGGCUUAAGCAACAUCAUUGGCAUCAUCGUUUAUAUAUCAGCCAACGCCGGAGACCCCGGGCAGCGUGACUCCAAGAAAAGCUACUCGUACGGCUGGUCCUUUUACUUCGGCGCCUUCUCCUUCAUCAUCGCCGAGAUCGUGGGCGUGGUGGCCGUGCACAUCUACAUCGAGAAACACCAGCAGCUGCGCGCCAAAUCGCACUCGGAGCUCCUCAAGAAGUCCACCUUCGCCCGCCUCCCGCCCUACAGGUACAGGUUCCGGAGGAGGUCCAGCUCCCGCUCCACCGAGCCGCGGUCCCGAGACCUGUCCCCCAUCAGCAAAGGCUUCCACACCAUCCCCUCCACCGACAUCUCCAUGUUCACCCUGUCCCGGGACCCCUCCAAGAUCACCAUGGGGACCCUCCUCAACUCGGACCGGGACCACGCUUUUCUACAGUUCCACAAUUCCACGCCCAAAGAGUUCAAAGAGUCGCUGCACAACAACCCGGCCAACAGGCGCACCACGCCCGUGUGAGCGGACGCGGCUGGCCCUGACCGCUGGCCGCGCCCAGCACCGCCUGCGGGGGGCGCAGUGUCCACAGACGUCUCCAAGGUUGCAUGGCAUGGUCCUCGUGAUGGUUCUUACUUCUCACAAAGAAAUGAAGACCAAAUGGACUCCGCCCUGUCCCACGGGGGUCCCCCCACCCCAUCCCCACAGGACCCCCACCUUUCCAUUCCCAACCUCCCCAACCGGAUCCCUUCCUGUCGUCCCUCCCUCCCCUCUGUGUAUCUGUGCCCACAUGUCCUUCUGUCCUUCCUUCCUCCACUGUUCUUCCCUCCUUGGGAGAGGACUUUAUCAAAAGUCACAGGGUGGUGGCCAGAGGUGGGGGGGGGGGGGGAUCUGCAAAUCCCCCAUCAGGUGCCGGCGUAGCUGUCCCCAUUUGUCCACCCAACACAGAUCCUCAGGAAACCCACCACCGCCCAGGUGGCCCUGAGGGAGGCAUUCACCUUUACGUGUUAGAAAACAAAUAAUAAUAAUAACAUGACCGGAAAUCAAAGAUGUCAGAGUCCCGAAGCAGCUAAUGUAAUAAGCACUCAUGUUAUUAAAGGUUUUGCCUUGUCGUAA